AUGCCUGAGUACGACGAAGUCGAACGUAGACUCCAGAAUCUCAUUAUAAGAGUGGACGAGAGCGCGCGUACAGAUUGGUUUGUUUACGUAGUUCUGCGCGUUCUUCCAUGGAUUGGAUUGGAGUUGAGCGAAAAGAAAAAGGACGAAUUGGAAAACAUCCUUGAGGGAGCCAGCAACUUCUCACCGCCUAUCCACAAAGAAGAAUCGAAUUAUCCUUUGCCCAUGGUUGUGUUCAGACUUUUCGACUACGCAGAUUGUCCGGAAGAUGGUACCGUACUUCCUGGAGCUCAUUCGAUAGAACGAUUUUUGAUAGAAGAAGAACUGAACUGGAUUAUCGACUUCAAUGCCAGCGAUAGAAAAAUAUGUGCGCAGGAGUUGACUAAUUAUGCUCGUGGUGCUAACGUUCCCAUUGCUUACAUGAUCUUGGAGGUGCUCUUUUCGCAACUAUUCCGUCUCCCCCUUCCGCCGCAGCCAACUGGUUUCUACGGUCCUGUACUUCUGGACUUGUGCAGAGUGCAAUCAUCAACAAUGCCUCAAGUGUUGGCGCAAGCUGCCGAGCUUUUGUAUCAGCGUGCUGCUACUAUGCAGCCUUUAUGCCUAGACAGGUUCUGUAUUUUCGAAUUAGUGAAGAGUGCAAUCAUCAAGAAAGCCUCAAGUUUAACCACAUGCCGCCGAGUUUUUCUAUCAGCGUGCUGCUACUAUGCAGCCUUUAUGCCUAGACAGAUAUUUUUUAACGUCUACUGCAGAUUCUUGGCUCGCGGUUCUGAAAGAGGACGCUCACAUGCCUCUGCUCAUCGUAUUGCGUUCGAAGCUCUGCUGGAGCCUGCCCCCGACCUCAUCUGCCCAAUAUGUGAUCUGCCGCAGAAAACCAGUGACGUUGCAUGCGUAUUUGGCUGUAUGUUCAACGAUCUUGACCUUCGCAUUGUCAUUGUGGUUGGCAAAAUUAUGAAGAUGCAAAUACUGGAUUGUGGUGUUGUCAUUCAUUGGAUUUUCAGCGAAAAUCUCAGCCAAGUGUCCUUCAAAGGCUAUGUCAGUUGA